ACAUGAUCCACGUCCCACGGCCACGACCCAUCCCCCCUCUUAAAUUCUCCCCUCACAUUCCCAAACAUUAAAAAAAAAACCCCCUCUUCUUCCCUCGAGUUCGCUCCCUUCCGCCUCCUCUUCUUCAAUGAGCUCGAUCCAGUUCGGUUCUCCGCGACCGCCGCUCGAUUCCGGGCUCUUGCUCGCCGCCAUCUGGGCAGUAGUACUCGUCUCCCCGCACUGCGGAGCCGCCGCCGCCGCCUCAGUAGUGCCGCCUUGCAAUGCGACGGUGCCGGCGGUCUUUGCAUUCGGGGACUCCAUCGUGGACCCGGGGAACAACAAUGGGCUGGCGACCGUGGCCAAGUGCGACUUCCCGCCCUACGGCCGGGAUCUCGACCCGGGCGUGCCAAUCGGGCGGUUCAGCAACGGCCGAGUCCCUUCGGACAUGCUGGCUGAGAAAUUGGGAGUCAAGAAGUUCUUGCCUGCUUAUCUGGAUCCAAAUCUGGAGCUCCAGGACCUCCUCACCGGCGUGAGUUUCGCCUCCGGAGCUAAUGGAUAUGAUCCUCUCUCCGCCAAAUUAGCCUUGGUACUAUCCUUGUCAGACCAAUUGGAUCUCUACUCCGAGUACAUGGAAACCGUACGUUCGGCGGUUGGGGAGGAGAGAGCAUCGGCCAUCGCCUCUGAGAGCGUUUACAUGGUGUGCACGGGCGCUAACGAUAUAACCAACACUUACUUCGCGACGCCGCUAAGAAGAUUCAAGUACGACGUCUCGUCCUACGCCGAUCUCCUGGUCAGCUCGGCUUUGAGUUUCCUUCGGGAACUGUACGGACUAGGAGCUAGGAGAAUCGGGGUGCUCAGCCUGCCGCCGGUCGGGUGCCUCCCGUCGCAGAGGACUCUGCAUGGAGGCCCCAAGAGGGGCUGCUUCAACUCCGCCAACGAAGCGGCCGUCCUAUUCAACUCCAAACUCUACGCCGAGAUCGACUCCCUCCGGAAGGAGCUCCCCGGCGCUAGGCUUGUUUACAUGGACAUUUACUACCCUUUGCUUGCCAUCAUGCAAGGCCCUGCUCAAUUCGGAUUUGAGGUCUCGACGAAAGGGUGCUGCGGCACGGGAAACAUAGAAGUGAGCUACCUCUGCAGCCGUCUCGACAACCCCGUGAUGUGCGACGACGACACCAAGUACGUGUUCUGGGACAGCUUCCAUCCGACCGAGGCCACCUACCGGAUGCUCACCGAUCAGAUCUACAGCAAGUACGCUCGCGAGCUGUUCUGAGAUCAUCGACGCCGGUCAUGUCAGUUUCGCCCCCAAGGGAAGGAGAGACAUUCGGCCUUUUUUUUUUUUUUUGGGCUCGACAAUGUGUUCCAAUUUUUUUACCCACACGAGUUGGAAGUUGCUUUCUGAAGCCGAAAUUACGUGGUUUUCAA